CUCCUCUUAAACCAUAAAAUGACACCCACAGCAACCGUGGAAGUCCUUCACAGAUUCUCAUUUCGUCUUUUACCGGUAACUCUCAGCCGGAACACCGCCAGAUUAGCGCCGUUAUAUCUUUCCACCCGAAUACCCAUUAAUGGACCCGCAUUUCCAAACCCAACCCCCCACUUCUCUUCCCGGAGGCCUCUCUCUUCGCCAGCAGUUGCCAAAGCGGGUUGGUUUCUGGGUCUUGGCGAGAAGAAGAAAACGAGCUUGCCUGAGAUAGUUAAAGCGGGUGACCCGGUUAUGCACGAACCAGCCAGGGAGAUUGACCCGGAUGAAAUUGGGUCGGUACGGAUACAGAAGAUAAUUGAUGAUAUGGUUCGGGUUAUGAGGAUGGCACCCGGUGUUGGUCUUGCUGCCCCUCAGAUUGGAGUCCCUUUGAGAAUCAUUGUGUUAGAGGAUACAACAGAAUAUAUUAGUUAUGCGCCCAAGGAAGAGACUAAAGCACAGGAUAGACACCCUUUUGAUCUUCUGGUUAUCGUAAAUCCGAAGCUUAAAAAGAAGAGCAAUAGGACGGCAUUGUUUUUUGAAGGUUGUUUGAGUGUUGACGGAUUCAGAGCAGUUGUGGAGCGACAUCUUGAUGUUGAGGUCACAGGUUUGGGCCGUGAUGGCCAGCCUAUUAAAGUAGAUGCUUCAGGCUGGCAGGCACGUAUUUUGCAGCAUGAGUGUGAUCAUUUGGAUGGAACACUCUAUGUAGAUAAGAUGGUUCCAAGAACAUUCAGAACUGUUCAAAAUUUGGACCUGCCUCUUGCUGAGGGGUGUCCAAAGCUUGGUGCCCGCUAACUCAUUUCUUUUGCAUAGAAAUCCAGUCCAAGGAUGCACGAGAAAUGACGUCUUGAAAGCUAGUUUAUAAGGCUUCAAAGUAAUAGAUUUGCUGUUUGGCACUGCAUUACAAAUGCAGUUGGCAGCAUCAGAGGUCAACGUUUAAAUCCUUCUUCGAAUGAAAUGCAGAUUUUAUUCAUUUUCGGAAUUUUAAAAAUUUGGGUUUUGAGUUGUUUAUAUAGAGUAAUUCAAAGAAGUAUCUGUUUAGCAUGGAAUGUUGUCUCUGCAUUGGGUGUUUGACUUUCUAUGUGAAGCUUAGUUAAAAUUCGCUUUCUAGGUGUAAGUGUCACGGCUCCCCCAUAAACAUGUUUAUAGGGAUGUGCAGCACCACCGCUUAUAAGGAACCCAAGACCUCCCGUUCCUGCCUGAUGUGGGAUUGAGGCACUUUCCUUGUGACACUCUCACCCACCCGAAUCGGCAAGCGUCCUCGCUGCCGUCGGCCACCCUGCCUACCUUGUUGGGCCCCACUGGGCCAGCCCCACCGAGCCGGGCGCUUGGCGUGAGUCAGAACGAGGACCGGUCUGCUCUGAUACCACUUUGUCACGGGGUCAUUACUCUCUCCCCCAUAAACAUGUCUAUAAGGAUGUGCAGCACCACCGUUUAUAAGGAGCCUAAGACCUCCCGUUCCUACCUGAUGUGGGAUUGAGGCACUUUCCUUGUGACAUAAGCUUCCACUUCAGGCCUCCAU